AUGACUUACAUUUUGGAUGCUAGUAGGGUGGAUGAGUGGGACCAGAACGUCCUGAUCCCCGCUCAAAAUAUCUUAUCUGCAUUUUUGAACUAUGACCACUUACCAUCACCCAAAUCAAUAUCCUCAAUCGCAGAUUCCAUACUCUCUGAAUUGCAAGUCAAGUAA